UCUUUCCUCUGAUGGAUUACUGAGUGCUUAUUUGAUCCAUGAUUGUCAAUCAUCCAUCCUUGCAACAUUUAACAAAAUACAGACCCACUCUGUUCUCAGAAAGCACCACACAGAGAUUCUGAGGCACUAAUCAGGAUGUAGAAAAACACCCCAGUCACCCUGCAUUGGAAACGGAGAAGUGCUUUCGGAGCCAUACUUCCUGCUGCGAGGUCAUUAGCAGUGCGUCCGUCCACAGCAAAGUGUUUUGCCACAGGAUGGAAAUUAUCUGGUCCCACCCCUGGAUAUGAUCAACCUUCAUAGACUGUGCAUUAUACAUGUAGCCAUCUCUGCGACCUGCAAAGAUGAAAAGGGAAAGCAGGAGAUGGAAACUGGUCAGCAGCCUUCUGGUUUAUCAGCCACACUUACAAAGGUCAAAUGUGCAAAGCGUCAGAAGACAGUGGUUAGAGUGAGAUUCUACAUGCUCUCAAUGAAGAAUAAAGCAUGCAGGAAGAACCUUUCAAAAGGUUACAACCAGAGACCUGAAGGAAGCAAGGAAGAAAGCCACAUGGUUGUCAAAGAGAAGAGGAAAGGAGAUCACUAAGCUGGAUGACGUUUUCUGUUUCUUUGAAAACAGAGAAGAUGACAAGUUAGGGAGAGAUCAGAGGUCAUACUGUGAAGCACCUUUAGAUAAACGGCAGGGACUUUGGAUUUUCUUUUUGAAUAUAAGCAUAAUCCAUUGAAAGGUCUCAUGCAGGGAAGUGGCAAAACACUUUUAAAAUUUUUCAUCUUUUCUUUCUGAAGUAGAGUUCACUCUCCAUUUAUUUGUCUUCUUUGAUAUCUCUCAAUAGAAUGUUGCAGUUUUAGUAUUCUCCUUUUAAACAUUUGUUUAACUUUCUUGUUCUUCUAAAUAAUAAUUUAUUUUCCUUAUUUUCAUCAUUAGUGUCCCUGAAAUGCCAGAGUUUCAGACUAGGUCUACUACUCACCACACAAAAAGCCAAUCACUGAGACACAAGUAUUGUCAAGUAAGAAGGCUUUAAUCAAGUGCUGCAGCCUAGUUGAUGAGAGAUUAGUCUCAAAUCCACCUCCCUGAUGGACUAAAAUCAGGGGAUUAUGUAGUAGAGAAGAAAUGUAACUACAUGUGAGGAAAUAGGAAUCAGGGAGGGAUAAGCAAGAGGAGUUGGUCAAAAAGACACGGGUGGUCAGUUAGGCCACCAUGAUGGGUGAGGGGUCUGGCAUCCCAUUGUCUAGAUGCAGUGAUCUGGUGAGUUUCAGCUCCUUGAUACUAUCUGGGAAGCCUGAGGGUUGGUUUCCUAAGAAACGACCUCAGAUAAGAGAGAAAUGUCGCUUUCUUAAGUUUCAUGACUAGGAAGGUCAAUUUCUAUGUUUAUUCAAAAAAACCCAUAAAUAUCAGUUCUAUGGGACAACUGCACCAGUUUCAUCAGCACUUUAGCAAAAAACAUCUUAUUGGUUCCUUCAGUAGUUAAUUCUUAGGUUCUAUGAACACAGUGCUGUACCAAUGAUUCAUAAGUAAGUCUUUGCAGAUCCAUUCAAGAACAUAAACUUCUAGGGAGCUAGGGAGAAUGGUUUGGGAUUACCUUUACAUCUGGUCCGCUCUAGUCACCUCAGAAGAGACAGGGGGACAGAUUCAAGCACAUUAAAAUCAGAUGAGCUGUACCUUCCUCUUAAUUUUGCUAUGAAUCUAAAACUGCUCUAAAAUAAAUAGUCUUUUAAAAAAUCAGAUGAGUGCUUUCUAGGAAAACUGUGACCUCAUCCGACAAACUCUUACAGUUCUCUGGCUCUGGUGGACUUUGGUUCCCAGGCCCUUAGAUCUUUCCUAAAUUAAAUGCCUUAGAUCAGCAUCCCCCAAAAUAUAUGUGGAGGCUCAGAUCCUAAAGGUCUGGAUUCUAACGCGCAACAAAAUUUGGGAAUAACUAUUCAAGACUAACCUUUGAUCUCCUACUUUUUUUUGGAAGAUCCGGGAUUCCCUAUUACUGUACUAGCAGUAAUCAGGCCAGGCCUUGGAAAGCAAGUAAUCUGAUUGGAGUUGCUCAACAUGAAAUUGCCAUGAAGUCAAGUUUCCAAUUCAGAGAA